AUGGCGGCAUCCUGGGUCGACCUCCAUCAAGAUCUCCUAGACCUUGUCGUCGCCAACCUCCUUGACCCAGGCGACCGUGCCCGCGCCCGCGCCGUGUGCCGUUCAUGGCACGCCGCCGUGCGACGCCAUGGCCCCCAGGCGGCCCAGCUACCAUGGAUCGUCUUCCCUGAUGGCGAAUUCAUAACUCCGACCAAUGGCAGCAGAUGGGAAUGCCCCGGCUCUAUCCCUGACAAUGCGCGAUGCCGUGGCUCCGCCGACGAGUGGCUACUCCUUGGCAUCUACGAGCAGAACCUCAUCUACAUACCGGAAGACGAAGUAGAAUCUUAUUGCUUCAACAACUAUGUCUUGCACAAUAUUUUCCCCCUCGAGUAUGUGCCUCUCACCGAGCUUGACGCGGUCCUUCACCGUGCCUACCACGUCCUCAAGUUUCGAAUGCGGUCCACCGCCCGUGACUUCAUCGCCGUCACCACCACCAACGAGAAUCAUCCUCUCAUCGUAAUUCUACCAGGAAAGGGUGUGUGGCUGCCAGAACCACGAGCAGAACCAUAUAUCUAUAUCGUUGACAUUGCCUUUUCUGGAGACAAACUCUAUGGCAUCACAAAGGCCGGGGACCUCAUCCCCUUUGAUCUAGGGUUGGACGAGGAUGGGAGGCCCAUGGUUACCAUUGGAAGGCGUGUGAUUCGGCAACCACUCGAUUACAUGGAUUAUGAUUGGUGGCCUCCGUCUGAUUCAGAUGACGAUGAUAGAGACAUUGAUGAUGAUGACGACUACGAUGAUGUUGUGGGGGAGGAGGAAGGUGACGUAGCCAUUGAUGAGGACAAUGAGGAAGAGGAGAAGAUGGAGGCGACGAUGGAUGUGAAAACUGCGGGUGAUAAUGGGGUCGUCGAUUUUGAUCAAGACUGGACAACAAUGGCAAAUGAUAAUGACGAUGGUGAAAAGGACCACAAUUAUCUGAAUUCCACAUAUUACAAUGGCAAUAAAGAAAUCACUAGCUGGCACCUAGUCCAGUCAUGGGGGGAGUUGUUCAUGGUGAAGACACGCACGAGUAUGCUUCCAGAUUAUACCAUGUCCACUCGCCAGGUUGAUGUUUUUAUGGCGGAUGUUAACACAUGCAAAUGGAUACCAAUGGCUAAUGGCCUUGGAGGUAGUCAAACACUCUUCAUCAGCCCAGACUACUCCAAGUUUGUUUAUGCACCUUGUGGAGAUGUCGAAGAGGAUGCCAUUUAUCUUCUCGAGUCAGGCGAGGUCUUCAAUACGAAGACUCACAAUGCUAGCCCGACAAGAUUUCGUGAGCGUUGCUACUUCGGAGAAGAUGGAAUGUGGCUCUUCCCCCCGGAAUUGGUGCUUUAA